GUUCCUGCGGUAGACAGGUAGUGACAGACUUGUAAAAUGCCGGAACCAGCUAAAUCCGCUCCUGCUCCGAAGAAGGGCUCCAAGAAAGCCGUGACCAAGACGCAGAAGAAGGGCGACAAGAAGCGCAAGAAGAGCCGCAAGGAGAGCUACUCGAUCUACGUGUACAAGGUGCUGAAGCAGGUGCACCCCGACACGGGCAUCUCGUCCAAGGCCAUGGGCAUCAUGAACUCCUUCGUCAACGACAUCUUCGAGCGCAUCGCCGGCGAGGCCUCGCGCCUGGCGCACUACAACAAGCGCUCCACCAUCACCUCGCGGGAGAUCCAGACGGCCGUGCGGCUCCUGCUGCCCGGCGAGCUGGCCAAGCACGCCGUCUCCGAGGGCACCAAGGCCGUCACCAAGUACACCAGCUCCAAGUAGGGCGUCUCGGAUCGUCAGUUUUAACCCAAAGGCUCUUUUAAGAGCCACCAAUU